GCCCGGGCGCUGCCGCUUUAAGGGAAGGAGGAGGCAGCGCAGCCCGGCCCGGCCCGGCCCGGCCCGGCCCAGCCUGGCUCGGCGCGGCCUGCGCGCACCGGGGCGACGCGGCGGCGGCCGGCAGCAGUUGUUGCCCAUUACUAUGAAAAACAACAUCCUGUGAGUUUGUUUCAAGCUUUCUCCCUCAUCACCUGCCUCAGAUAAUCUGUGCUACAAGCUGUUCUCAGGAGCAGUUGUCCUUGGCAGAGACAUGGCCUUCCAUGGCUGGAAGCAGUUCCUCUUCUUGGGCAGGCAGAAUGCUUUUGCCAAAGCUUGGAGGAGCAGGAAGGGAAGCCCUUCUCUGGGUUGGAAACGCUGCUGUCACUGGAGUGCUGGCAAGUCUUUGGACCCUGAGAUGAGAGCAUUUCUGGAGGAGAACACAGAGAUCACCAGCAGCGGGAACCUCACACCAGAGAUACAACUGCGCCUCCUCACCCCUCGCUGCAGGUUCUGGCACGAAAAACUUGACCUGUGGCCUUAUGGGGACCCUUUCUGGGCAAUUUACUGGCCAGGAGGUCAAGCCCUGUCCAGGUAUAUUUUAGAUAAUCCAUGUGUUGUUAAAGGGCGAUCAGUUUUGGAUCUUGGAAGUGGAUGUGGAGCAACAGCAAUAGCUGCUGUGAUGAGUGGUGCAUCCCAAGUCCUUGCUAACGACAUUGACCCUAUUGCAGGAAUGGCAAUGAUCUUAAACUGUGAACUGAACCAUCUGAAUCCCUUCCCCAUCACCAUUAAGAACAUCAUUAAUUCAGAGGGAAAAAAACGGCAGCCUGCCACGAUGGGGACCUGGUGCAGGAUGAAGAAAUCUUUCUUUUCAUGAUGCUUCUGAACAGGGAAUGAGAGAAAAGUUAGAUAUAAUUAUUUUUCUCUUCUCCUCCUGAGGAGAUACUGAGCAACAAUCUCCAGAACCAUCCUCACCUAUGACUGUGAAGAAAACACCUGCAGCAUAAAAAAACCCCCUUCAUCCGCAGGUAAGAGUCUGUGUACGCAUCAAGUUGAUGAAGAAACCAAAGUUUUCAGAGCAGUCUUGCAGUAAUUAGCACUUUUGCAGUAAACUAUUAUUGAACAAGCAAGAGAUGAAGAACUAAUAACUGAAGGAUGAAACACACUGCAUCUACAAUUAUCCAAAUACCAAGUGGUAUAGUAGAAGCUUAAAGAUGUGAAAAAGUUUGUGACAGUCACUCAGAAAACCAUGGUGUUUAUGAGGUGGGAGGAUUAUGAACUCAUGCUGAUGUAUGUGGCCAUGAAUACAUAAUUUAACAAGCUUUUAAAACUAUCUGAACCAGUCAGAGACAAAAUUUAAUCUUCAAAACAAUACUUGAAUAUUCUCAUCCAACUAUUUACAAGGGUAACAACAUCCAAAUACAAUAUAGAAUAUGAAGUGAUAAGGCUAUACAUGAUGUUCUUCUCCCACUUCCAACAGUAUUUGUAAACAUUUAUUGAAACUGACUCUGAUUUAACCUGAAUCAAAAAAAAUUCAGUGGAAUUAUGAUAGUACCAAAUCCAUGAGAGAGCAGACUCAGCCUCUGGCAGUGAAGGAUUUAAAGUGAUAUAUGUUAACUUCCAAACUUAAGAAUACAGCAUUAUGAUUCAUCUCUGUGUUUUCUAGGCUUUCAAGCACAAGGUGAAGAUACACCACAAAGUUAUACAUUUAGAAAGGGCUGAUAGGAGAACACAGUACAUCUGCAUGCAUUUUUAAGGAAAGAACGUAAACUCUAUUUACCAUCACUGUAACAAAGCCAGGGUUCCAGUAACAAGGGGAAAAAAGGCCAGGUUAGCCUGUGAGACUAGAAGUAACACUGUCCCACAAAUAGGAUUUUUUUUUACGGUUCCUUUACUGUUAGAAACUCUGGUGGUCUUCCAUCUUUAGCUGCUUUAUCUCCAUUUGUAAUUUUCUUUCUGGAUGUAGCACUUGAAAUGGCAAUCUGACAACUCUUACUGCUCCAUAUUAUGGUUAUAUGCCCUGCAGUAAGAGGCUGAAGGAGCUGGGCUUGGUCAGCCUCUAGAAGAGAAGGCUUCAGGGGGAUAUAGCAGCAACCUGCCCGUACCUACAAGGAGGUUAUCAAGAAGAUGGAGCCAGGCUCUACCCAGCAGUGCAUGGUAGGAAGACAAGAGAUGAGGGCCAUAAGCUGAAACAGAAGAGGUUCAGACUAGAUGUAAGGAAGAAAUUUUUCACUGUAAGAACAGUCAAACAGUGGAACAGGUUGCAAGGAGAGGUUGUUCAUGGCUGUGUCCUCUUCAGUUUUUCAAGCUCCAACUGGAUAAAGCCAUAAUCAACCUGGUCUGAGCUCAGAGCUGGCGCUACUUUGGGUAGAAAGUUAGACUAGAGACCUCCUGAGGCCCCUUCAGUUAUCUUAUGAGUUAUAUCUUAUGAGUCUACUUACUCUUUUUGCAGCACAUUUCCUGCAGCAAGGACAGCUAGCUUUAUGUGUUACUUGUUUGACAAGAUGACUGAGCAUGUCAGCGCUGCUACCUACUGAACUACAGGGACCUAUAUGGAAACAAUGCAAAUCGUCUUUAGACAAAAAAGGGAAUAAAGCCAGUUUUCAAACCUG